CCUCCAUUCCACACUUCAGUUUUGCCAAACCCAUGCCGAUACAACCAUUUGGAUCUGCACUCUUGAAUCUAUCUCCACCUCAAGAUCGACAUUCAGCAAUCGAGUCCAUUAGGCGAACGAAGAAUGUGUCACUAUUCAAUCAGCCCAGGGAGGAAUGUGUCACCACUCACAUUCCUCGAGCACGAAUGUUGCCGUAGAACUGACUGCUCUUCCCUCGCUUUCACCAUCUCGACAGGUUGUCGAUUCGAUCUAAGUUCCCCUUGUAAUAGGCCCAAUUUCCAGGACACGGAAUCGGAUGCGCGGAAUUCUCUUUGGUUUUCAAGUUAUAACCAGACCGAUUGGUCAUUCUUUCAUCCAUCCCAACUCUUCCCUCGAAUCAAAUCAAACCAUUUCAACCAGUGCUUUGAUAUAGAUCCAUUACUUUUAAUUUCGACCGGCAGUCUUUCACUAAUGAGUGAUUGGGAUGAUCUUUUCGGUGGGGAUGACAUGAAUGUGGAUGAUGAGGCUAUGGGUGGCCAACCGCCACGUGAGAAUGCAUUGCAACCGUCGAGCAGCGCGAUGUCGCUCAGCGGGUCGAGUGACUCACCCCAGCCCGCUCCGGCUACGCUGUUCAGACCACCCCAACCACGCAACACGCCUGCCUCAGCCCCCCCACGCCAGCCAGCGACCCGGACCAGUGUGAAUAAAUUUUCCGAUCUUCUGAAACUCACAAAGGAAAAUCAAGUGUUGUUGCAGAAGAUGUGCGAGCACACUAUGCCUGGUGAGGAAUAUGUAGGUACCCUUUCCUACCUGGUCUUUCUUGGUCAAGAGUCCAAAGGUUCAAUCGGGGGGAGGUGGGUCCCAGGGAAAGUGAUACGAGACGCAUUCAAGGACCAGGUGGCCCAAUUCAUAUCCCGGCCUGAGCUUCAGGCUUUCAGCAAGAGUGUUGCUGAGGAUCACACCACUAUGGUGCAGAGUUUAGAAGUGCUCACCUUUAACUUUCUAAAGGGUUUGAAGCCUGAUUAUAUAGAUGAACAUGGGCCCGGGGAUUACGUCGCCGGUGAGGCGUGCAUUCCAACAACCGCGAUGUACUUGUUCAUCAAAGAGAUCCUGAAGAACCAGCGCAGCAAGGUGCGCUCCGCUCUUCUCAACAACAUCCUUGGGGUUGCAGAGGGAAGCGCACUCAAGGUUCCUGCUGCGAAAUCGAUGGUAUUUCUGGUUACCCGAUUGCUUCUCCCCGAAGUACGAGCUUUGCCGGACGAAGAAAUGUUGGGAGCGCUGGGGCGCCCCCGAGUGAAGAGGGUUAUAUUCAUGCGAUAUGUGACCGCCUUCAACUACCUCAAUCACACCGAGAACAAAAAACGCUGCCAAUGUACUCUCAUGGACGAAGCCCUGGCUGAACUUCGCACAAGACCCGCCCGCGAUUCAUCUGUGUACUUUAAUGAGAUCGCCCGUUAUGACCGGGAAACCUUCACUGGGAAGAGGACAUGGGCCGCUAUCAAAGCGUCUGGACCACUUCGGGUGCCAUUUGUGGAACAAGUGCUGGCCGCCGCGACGACGGCAAAUGGGUCUGGGGGGUCUGGUAUUCAGGGUCCGGAGGAGGAGGAACUGGAUGAGGAACCAUCUGAACUGUAGAUAGACGCCUAAGGGCAAAAGCUAGUGUUUUAUUGCAAUGAUUAGAACAAGUAUCGCGAGCCAUGGGUACCCAAUUGGUUGUC